AUUCUUUCUGACGAUUACCAAAUUCCGUUCUUCCAAGCCCAACUUACUCCCAACUGGCAACUCCCAAGAGUCAUAAUACGUUAAUAAUUAGUGGCCACUGGCUAACGUUAUUCGCUAAUCCAAACCGUUAACUUCGAAACCCAAUAACAAUUAACUUUGAACACGAACGGAGGAGCGUUCGACGGACUUCGUAACUCGUAAGCAGAGUUUUUCAUUUAAGCUUAGAAGACCCACCUCCAGCUACUGCAACACGCCCUAAAGCCCAUUGUUCGGCAUUUAUUAUUAACAAUUAUCUGUGAUUUUAUUGUGAUUGUUGACAAAAAAAAAAAACAAUGACUCUAUUAAAAACAUUUUGGACACCUAUUGUUGUGUAUCCGGACGUGAAAACUGGUUGUAAAUUUGUAGCAGCAUACACAAUUGCAAUAUCAAUUUUCUUGAUGGCACUUCUUGUUCAUAUGCAAAAUGGAGGUGAAUCGACACAAAUGUAUAAUCCAUUUUUUGAAGCUAAUUUACGAGAACUUAACUAUUAUGUGGUGUACACUUUAAUAUUUUUCGCCUAUAUGGUGGGUUCAUCUCUAUUGUUGCUGAAAGGCUUGAAUAACAAUCUCCGAGGAUUCCUAUUACCAUGGUUAAUUGGUAUGGGAUUUGUUGUAAUUUUUUUGCUGGUUUGGUCUAUUUGGCUGCUAUAUGGAUACUAUAUUUAUAUUCACAUAGUAUGUGCUGCUGUGAUUUAUUGGAUCGUGGCUGCUAUGCAAUUUUAUUGCUGGUUGUGUGUUUACACCCAAUACAGAGUGAUCAACGAAAUGCAAUCUCCAAAUAUCGAGCUUCUUAUAUUUUAAUAGGCUUUUACGUGCAUAUUUUAUUAACAUUCUUAUAAAGAAAAUGUUUGUAUUACGACUAUAAAAAAGUAUUAUUUUUUUUUUACAUAAAUGAUAAAUCUAGUUUAUUGAUAGUUUGAUAGUUUUGUAUGUUAUACUACCGCCGCUGAGAGAGCGCUACUCGUUGGCGCAUCCAAAUGACCGAGUUCCGCGUUUUCAUACCCAAAUUUCUCCCACUCUACCACCUAGUUGUUACUAGCCUUGUACAAGCCACGACUGUGGUGGUGGCAAGAGUUGACGGCGGCUAGCGUAUGGGCAGGUUUAGUGGUGGGAAUGUGCGGACGAGUUUUGGUCGCCGCCCAGUAGCACUCUCUCAGCGGCGGUAGUAUACCUAAAAACCAUUUUGUUAAGACUGCCAUUAAUAUGUAAGAAUUUAAGGGAAAUUGCAGUGUUCUAAUUUCAUAUGGAAAUAACUGUUUUAAGAAAUGUUAUAUGAAAUUUGAUAACUGCCAUUCCCCUUAAUUAAAUACUAUACAUCUAAUCUGAUCAUUAUUGUAAUCCGUCCAUAUUUAUUUUUCAUUCAAAUUGUGCCUUAAAUAAAAUUAAAAUUAAGUAUUAUGUAUUUUAAGUUAAUAAGUAGUUAUUUUUUGAUUGCAUGAAUACAUUUACAUACAUUUUUAGUAUUUUUGAUAAUAAACUAUUUAUAUAUAAUUUUUUUA